UUGCUGACCGUUAAUACUUAAAUCAUGCAUACAUGAGUUACCUCUUCAUCAACUCCUUUCACCACAGGCUCUGCUCCAGGCUCCUGUGGCCCCGACCAGGUGCUGAUGGAGGCCGGGCCCAGCUGGGCUGUGGGGUGGGGCAGAAUCAUGGCUCCUUGGGCAGCAGCCGGCCCGCUGCACCCUCCAGAGCCCGGUGCCAGCGGCUGCUGGCCGCCUCGCAGGGCUGUGCGGGCAGGGGAGGCCAGUGCUGGCCGCACGGAGCGCCCGGCACAGGGGCUGGGCCUGCACCAAGUGCACCCUCCUGGCGCUCUCUCCAGCUGGCAGAGGACAAGAGCCGAGCGGCCGAGCACCUGCGCCACGCCCUGCAGUACCUGGACAGCCCGCAGGAGUCCCUGCGACAGGCGGCCAUCAGGUUCAUCGGGAUGGCCGGGCGGCACCUCAGGGGCCACAAGCGACAGCUGCGGCACAUCUGUCAGGCCCUUGAAGACAAGGCAGAGGAUAUCAGCCCUGCCACCAGAAGCUUGGCUCUCAAAACAGCCUUUGUCUUCUGGGCUGUGGAGAGAGCUCCGGGCUCCAUCUUGCAGAAGCUGCAAGAUCAGUUCUGCAGGGCACGCAAGAAAUGGCCUUGUCUCUGGGGCCACCGCUGGCUGUGCUGCUGGGGCUCUGAGGAGAGCUGA